AUGAAGUUCAUCAUGGUCAUCGGCCUCAUGGCGACGGCGAUCAGCCGCCUGCUCGCGCUGGCAGAGCCCCAGGGGUGCCGACCAAUGUCGCCGCAGCGGGGCCACCGCAUCGGCGAGUCGCGCCUGCCGGCGCCGGCGUGGGGGCCCCACGCUCACGAUCAACAACCACAGGGACUUCCGGCAGCAGAACUGGCCCAGCAGAGCACGUCAAAGGUCCCGCCGUUCUGGGCCCCGUACCUCGAGCAGCGGGGCUAUCCCUUCCGCCUGUGGGUCCAGGACGUGAUGCUGUGGUUCGAUGGCCUUGGUAAUCAGAUCGAGGACGGGGUGCAGAUGCUGAUUGCGGGACUCCGACGGCGCUUCGGCCCUCUCGAUGUUCAGACUUCGAUCAGUACCAUUGUGGAGCUGAUCACCUUCCGCCGGCAGGAGCGGGAGAGCGUCGACGAUGCAGUCACCCGCUUUGAGGCGCUGCGCGCCCGAGCGGGUCAAUUUGACGAUCAGUUUGUGCUGCCGACGCCCGUGCUCGCUUUGCUGUUCUUGGUCAGACCGCAGAGCCUGGCUGAGGGCUACCGCGGCAAAGGGCAUCACGGGCAGCAUUGGUUCACAGGCGAUGGCGCUGGCGGCGUAGCAACAUGGAGUGACACGGCUGCAUACAUGUAUGGACAAAGUGCUGGCGGCGGCAGCAGCGCGGGAUCGGCCGGACACGGCAAUUCCUCUCAGCACUACGUCGUUCAGGAUGAGGAGGGCUACGACUGCUGCGCCACCUGUGCGAGCUACCUGUACGAGGACGAGCCGGGCGACGAGGACUCGAUGACUGGCGACGACGACAUUGACACCUCCGAGUUCACGCCCGAGGAGCUCCAGGAGUACUACGGCGACGCCGAGGGCUGGGAUUACGACACGCUACUGCGCGAGUGUAUGUUCGCCAAGCGCAGGUUCCGUCACUUCGUCCACCGCGGCAGCCGCCGUGCACGUUUUCCUCGCAGCAAUUGGUCCCUGCGCAUGAGCAGCGGAAAGGGCGGCAGCUUUGGACGAGGACGUGGCCAUGGCAAAGGAUAUCAUUUCGGCGGAUCAGUGGUGAAUCCCAGAUCCUUGGCGGGUGGAAAAGGCAAGAGGAAGAAGGGUGGCAAACAUUACAUGGCGGGCUCUCCGAGUGCCACCAAUCCGAGGGGCAGAGACGGUCGUGUCAUGCGAUGUCACGAGUGCGACUCGGAGACGCGCCUCGUGGCCUCCUGCCUCCAGCGCAAGGGCAAGGGCAAGGGCAAGCACUUCGCGGCCUGGAGCGCGCCCAGCGCCACGACGGGUCCACCGACGCCCGGCUCGCAAGCCGUGGGCCCAGUGCUGGCCGCGUACUCACCUUCCCCAGCGCAGCCGAGAACAGGAUCGAUGACUGGAGUACUGCACUACCUCACGGACGAUAUCCAGACGCCCGGCGUGCGGAUCGGCGAUCUCCACGAGGAUGACGACCGCGAGGCCCUGGACUGGGAGACCCUCAACAUGCUCGACGACAUCACGGGGCACGACAUGCUGGCGGAGAUGCAGGCGAGUGCAGAGGACCGCGCCGACGGGAAGACUAGCCUCGAAUGGUUUCCGUGGUGGCGAGUGGACCAGCUCGAGAGCACCAACGAGGAGACCUACCUGGUCCGCACCCGCAUGAAGAAUAAGAGCGGCGAGGCCUUGCUGGUGGACCCUGGGAGCCCAGGCAACCUCGCUGGCGACGAGUGGGGCCAUCGGAUGCUGAGAAGCGGCGACAGGCAGGUGGCGACCUAUGAAGCACCAGUGCUCCCGAACAGCAGUGUGCCAGCGCUGCUCGGGCGGAAGUACUUGCGGGACCAGCGCACCCUGCUGGGCUGCUUCAACAACAGGCUGUACCGCAUUGGCCCAGCUGGCGACUUCGAGGAGUGCGGGGCCGACGAAGACCAUGGCAUUGGCUAUGUCAAUUGCGUCCGAUACUACCGCCUCGACAGCAGCUACUUCGCCAACUCCGAUGGCGUCCAGCAUAGCAAGCAAGAAGAGCACUACCGCAACGUCAUCCAGCAGCGGAACCGCCGCGAGCAGUUCUGGCGGGCAGCCCGACAAGGGCGGCCUGCAACUCUGAUCGCAGGACAUCGCCUAUGCGUCGUCGAAGCAGACGAGGGCAGCGUGGUGUGGGACAUGCCCGACAUUCUCGAGCUGAUAGACGACGGCAGAUGGCACAUGGGAUCACGGACAGUGGCCUUGGAAGAAGCCGAUGAGGAGCAGUCACGACGUGAGUUGCGUCGCCCUGGCCGAGUCUCGUUCGCCGACGACGUCGCCGAUGCCGGCUGCAAGGUGGGCGCGCUGGCCGCGAGCUUUCCCACCGAGCAGAGGGCGCGCGACAAGGCGCGCAAGGCAGCAGACCGGGAUCGCAAGGUGAAGAAGAGACCGCAGGAGGUCGAGCAGGUCUUCGACGGUUGCGGGUCCGACUUCACGAAGCUAUACGUGGCGAACGAGUGCGAACUGGACGAGGUCUGCUACGGCACCGAGCUCAGAGAAGAUCAGUGCGUCGACGAGCAGCCGUACGUGAUGAUGUCCGAGUUCUUUGGCAUGACCGGCUCGGAGGCGUAUCUGAGCCAGAAGGACGAGCAGCAUAGCUUCUUUCACUCGACGAAUGGUAUGGUGAAGUAUAUGAAUCACUACUACGGCCACCUGCAGCACGACGAUGUCGCGGAGCUGUGCGGUGGAGCAUCGGUAACAACACGGCUACUUGUACGGCGAGGCUACCGAGGUGGCCCCAACUUCGACCUCAUCUGCAACUGCGACUUGAUGACUCACGAUAGCCAGCAGCAGUUCUGGGCAUACUUGCAUGACAGCAAGCCCCUUGUGCUGCUGAUCAGCACGAUAUCAAUGGCACUGGCACGCCUGGCCGCUGCGGCAGCAUGCGCGCAGAUGGACGCUGGGCGCCACUUCGUGUCGGGGCAGCCCCUGGGCAGCGACUUCUACAAACUCGACGACUGGAAGUACAUUGCCAACAAUUACGCGGUGGUGUGGUGCCAGGUCGACCAGUGCAUGGCGGGCAAGAUGGGACGUCGGACAGGAUUACCGAUCAAGAAGUCCUCCGAGUUCUGGGCCUCGAACGAGGGCCUGAUCGGCGGUCUCAGGAAGUUCCGUUGCGACGGCCAGCAUGAGCACGCCCUGCUGGCACAUGGUGGUCGAAGCGCCUGCCCGGAGCAGGACAAGUGGCGCCUGGGGAAUCCCAAAGAUCAUGCAGAGUGGGCCAUCGGUAUUUGCAGGGAGUUGGCCACGAGUAUUUCCCGCAUGAUAGAGCACGUGAGGUCUCAGGGACAUCACCUUGUCGUGUUCGAGUGCUACCCCACGACUGCGGUGCAGGCGGACGGCGCUGCGGCCGCGCGGUCUCAGACACACGACACACCCGAAUACCUGGAUAAUGCCGAGCAGACGGAGUUCUACCGAGGGCAGUCGGACCGCGAGACCUGCGGCCACGGCGACCGCCAGCCGCGGAAGAGCCGACUGCGAAUCAAGCACCAAGCGCAGCUCGAGCUGACGCGCCCGACGCCGAGCCAGAACCGCCACUACCUCCACCCGUUCAGGCAGUACGGCGAGCUCGAAGAGCGGGGCCCGAUGAUCCACUUCCACCAGCUCUGGCAGCACGGCAAGCUCGGAGAGCUCGAUUGGAUGGUCCACGACCUCGAUCGAGACUGGCAGCAGCUCUGGACGGAGCAGAGCCAGCCGAGUCGUCAGGUGGCGCCGCAGGGUCUGCUGACGCCGUCGGUGAAGCACCGGGCGCGGCGCAACCUGCAGCAGCUCCAGCUGAACGACCCCAAGGUGUCGAUGCGGGGACUCAGGCUCGAGCUAGUGACGAGCCCGGCCGGCGCUCCUGCGUCCGCGCUGGCCCUGGUGAAGGAGAUCUGCGACACGUGCCGAGUGUGCAGAAUGUGGACGAGACCAGGACCGAAAAGUAUAACAGUGUCUCGGCUCGCGACGGGCUUCAACGAGAUGGUCCAGUGGGACAUCCUCUACAUCGGCGACCAGAUGGUGGCCCACAUGAUCGAUGAAGCUACACGCUGGACAGUACUGAAUAUUUUAGACCGCAAGACGGCGAUCACGAUCAUUGCUGGGGUCACCAACGGCUGGAUACGCCCUCAUGGCCCCAUGAAGCUGCUGAUUGCCGAUAUCGAGGGCGGCCUCCACGGAGAGGAGGCGUGCCAGUGGCUGGACCGCUGGGGCAUCAAGAUGAAAGCUAAGGAAGAGGGCUCGCACGCUCAGCUGGUGGAGCGUCAUCACGACCUAGCACGCAAGAUCAUACACCGAGUGCGGAGCCAGCUCGAGCAGGAAGGCAUCGCGAUGCCGUUGGAGAUGGUGAUCGCGGAGUGCGCACUCAUCAAGAACCUCCUCAUCACCGUGGCGGGCUUCAGUCCCUACCAGGCGGUGCACGGACGACUCCCUCCACUACUGGCGGAGUUCGAGCCGGUGAGCGACUGUCAGAUUGAUGAUCAGUCUGCGGGCAUCCCGGGCAUCUCACGACAUCAUCAUCGACUACGUGAGGUGGCGAUGCAAGCCAUGGUAGAGAUGACCGCGAAGGAUCGGCUGAGGCGUGCACUGCGAUCCAAGACACGGGCCCCUCACGAGACAUUGCAACUUGCGGGCGGAGAUCAGGUUGGCUUCCAUCGACCACCGAGCACGAAGGAGGAGUCGGGCUGGCGUGGACCAGCCGCUCUGCUGCAGGUCGGACCGCCAGUGCUCGUUCGAUGGCAAGGCCGAGUCUUUCAAGUCCGACCACAGGACCUCCGACGCAGCCUUGUGUAUUUUGUGAUGCUCACGAACAAUAUCUUCUUCGAAGCAGGGUCGCGCGACCCGGUGGCCACCAUCAUGAGCUACGCAGACCAGCUGGACAGCAAAGUAGUACGUGUGGGUUGGCUCUUUGACGCCGGGUGGAAGCGGACCGCGGACAGUCAGAAGCUCAGCGAGCUGGUCCUGGCGGUGUUGCAUGUAGCCGCCAGCGGCUUUUACCUGGUGGGCUGCGUCGGCGCGAGGGUGGGCAAUGGCGUAUCUGUACUUGAAGGAAUGGUCGGUUGUGACCAUAGCUUUCUGUGGUGGUGGCGGCGUGGCCGUCCAGAGCUGUCCUGGUACCACGAGGCGUCGGGGUCCGCGAGACUGAAGCUUGCGCAGAUCUUUGGUAAGGAUCAUUGGCGAGACGUGAGCUUCGUGCAGUUGAUUCUGACCGACGACGAAUCAGCCCGGGCGCUGGGGGAGGUCGUCAAGCGCCGCCUCGUGCCCGGCGGCGCAGCCGCGGGGCGCGUACCCUUCCGUCUCCGACGAGCGGGCCUUGGCUGCUUCAACGCGCUGUGCCGGCGCGCUUGGCCUCGCUCCAUGCUCGUGGCGCGAACGCUGGACCAAGCGUCCGCGGGGCCUCCCAGCGCGCCCGAGCUGGCGGCAGGCCGCGGGGCCCUCGCGUGGCAGCCUUUGGCAAUCUCCCACACGCGCGACGAUAUGAACAGCCAGAGCGACCUGAACCCGGACCAUUUCAAGACCCACCUGAGUUCUGGCGAGCCAGCAGCGGCGGCAGAACCUUCGGCGUCACUGCACGAGCCGGUGCUGCCGCUCAAGGAAGACCAUGACGCGAACGGCGACGACGAGUCGGACAGCGACGCCACUCAGGAGUACGAGUUCGCCAGCUGGCAGUAUAUGAAGGAGCAGGCUGCGUUGCCUGCGGUCGACAUCGAGUGCGCUCAGACCGACUUCUUCUUCUCAGCCCCGGACGCAGAUCGCGUGGUGGAAGCCAUUGAGGAGGGCCCCAUGAAUUCCCGACCCGACUGCGUCGAGAUCGGCAUGGGCGCCCCGUUGAUGUAUUGGGUAUGCCCUGAGGCAGAACACGUUCGACGUCCGGGAACUGGCGAGAUGUAUGUUCUUCGCAUCUACAGCACGGGCCAGCGCGAGAUUGUUGUCGAGCGUGAGAUGAAUGUGCUCACACUAGAGCAAGCCCGAGCGCAUGAAAUUGAAGUACGACAGGCGAUGAAGGAUGAGCUCCAGCGCUGGGCGGGAUUGCAAGCCUUCCAGCGAUUCCCGAAGGAUCAGGCGAACAACGUCAUCGACUCGCGCUGGGUGCUCAAGUGGAAGGAGAUCGACGGCAAGAAGCAGGUGCGUGCGAGACUUACCGUGAGAGGCUUCAAGGACAUGCAGUCUUCGGAGCUGUUCGCGUUUGCAGGAACGACGGCACGAUGGGGACAACGACCGGUGAAUCAAGUGACGGCACAGCGCAGAUGGCGAUUGUUCUCAGCUGACAUCAGCCAAGGGCUCUUGCGUGGCCUCACCUUCGAGCAGGUUGCCGCCAUGGACGGGGAAGUGAAGCGAAAAGUGCAGUUCACCAUGCCACCUGGAUCGAUACCCGUGCUACGACAACUGGAAGGAUAUGAGGACUUCAACCCUGUGACAGAGGUGUUGUUGCUCCUUCGCUGCGGGUUCGGCGUCAAAGACGCGCCGAGACUGUGGCAGGUCAGGCUGAAGAAGGUGUUGGAGAAGACCGGCGGCAAGGCACUCAUCAGCGACCCGCAGCUCUAUGUGUACCACAACGAGAAGGGCGAGCUGCAGAUGAUCAUGUCCUCGCACGUUGACGACUUGAAGGGCGGCGGCGAGGACUACUUGAGGGAGAAGGUGCUGAGCGUGAUAGAAGCGGAGUUCGGGAAGCUGAAGCGCCAGUAUGACAACUUUGAGUGCAUUGGCAUCAUGCACGAGCAGAACCUCACCACGGAGGCCAUCUGGACGCACCAGCAGCACCACGUACAGCAGCUACGCCCACAGCAAGAAUAUCAGUAUGUGAUGGAGAACGAAGACGGACAGGUGAACACCGAGAGUCACGCCGCAUAUAUGUCGCUUCUCGGUGGGGUCGCCUGGAUGACGCAGACAAUGGCACCGAUUGCAGUGUAUGUGAGUUACCUUCAGCGCCAAGCCAAGAAGCCGACCGUGGGUGACAUCAGGAAGAUCAAUCGGCUGCUGAAAUGGAUCAUGACUCACGUGAAGCAGCUCGGAGUUCGGUUCGUCGCGCUGAGUCCAGACCGAGUUCGCCUAGCGGUUGUCAGCGACUCAGCCUUCCAUGCCAUGGAGUUCGAGGGGUUGGUCAACGAAGGAGUAUGUUCUGCCAACCAGAUGCGGAUGCGGCAGGAGAACGGCAACCUGAUGAUGAAUAUGAUUGCGGCCAUCGACGCCAAGGCCGUGUUCGACGCCGUCUCCGCCGAUGUCAUCAAGAUCACGACGGACAAGCAGAUGUUCGUGCCGACGUUGGCGGUGCGAGAACAGUUGGACCGGCUCCAGCUAGCGCAGCUCUGCUGGAUCGACGCGGUCGAUAUGCUGGCAGAUGCGCUCACCAAGGGCGAGAUCGACAGGGGGCCGCUCGUGAAGCUGGGUUUCCAGAACGAGUGGCGGCUGAGCGGGCUGCAGCCUGUGGCGUUCGCCGUGCGCAGCGUGCUCUGA